AUGUCUAUCCCACGAUCCCAGUACGACCCUCGUAGCGUCUUCCGCUUCAACCUUCCCAAGCUCGAUGUGGGACCCAAGGUUCGCCAGGUUGGCACUUACCUCUCUGGUGCUCUUCACGCCAAGCCUCCUCCCGAUGCGCCGUACGACACGGUGCCCGUCCAUAUCACCUUUGUAGACUGGAUUCCAGCGAUCUGUUCUACCCUUGGUUUCUUGGUGACUUCCCUUCUCGACAAGUCGCACCUGAACUCGGCGUUCUCGGGCGAUGCUUGGGGUAGCGAGGGCCCCGCCGCCUGGCGCGCACGUGUGGUACUCUUCAUUGGUGUCGCCCUCAUGGCCGGUGGCCUUGCUGGCAGUCUUACGGUCCUCAUCCUCAAGUACAUUGUCCCCGACUUCACAUCGUUCCUCUACUACGGCGGCGCCAACGUUGGCAUGAACGCCGGCAUCAUGAUGUCCGCUAUGAUCCUCUGGGUCUCGCAGAGUGGCAGCGACGAGUACGAGUACCAGCUCACUGUUUAA